UAUUGUCUGAUUCUUCGACAAAUCUCCAAAUAUUAAUUCCAUAAUCGAAGUUCCACUAAUUUUCCUGGCUUCCAAAGCAAGGCGAAGCGUCUAAGCAUCAAAUUCGUAGCUCAGUUUAUUUCGCUGGAAUCUCCCGGAAACUCGAAGAAGACUGUGACCCAUGCGAUUUCUCGAGGCUAAGUAGUAGAGAUGUAAUUUCAUUCUGAAGCUUCUGGGGGAGUCGAUUUUUCGCCAACACUGUACGGAGUUUGAUCCUCAACACGUAUUUCUGAAAAUCUUUUUGAGUUUUGGUUAUCUAUGUUAUUUUUUUGAUCGAGGUUGUGGGUUUCUGGCUUAGAACUAUUUUCUAGGAAUGGAAGUUCUGUCUUGUAGCUCAGUUCCAAGCAGUAAUAUUGUGUUUUUAAGGAGAAAAUGUGCAAGAAAAAUCUUGAAUCCAAGUUGUGUAAACCUCUCUAGCUUGAGAAAACGUAAAAUCUUGUGUGCUAAAAUCAAAGCCAGAACCAGAUUUUCUUGGUCAAAGCAGCCACUUGAAAGCUCUCAACCGAAGAUCCUAUGUAGAAGCUACGGUGGUUAUGUCAUUGAUGGAGAAGAAGGGGGUUCAGUAAGUAUACCGGAGAGUGGCGAGUCGACGAGUAAAGUUCAAAUUCCUGGUUUGCCCGAUGAAUCUAAUGGUGAAUCCAGUGCUCAAAUCAGUAGUGGCUUUUGGGAAUGGAAACCAAAACUUAGUGUCCACUAUGAAAAAGCUGGAUGUGAAAAUUUGAACUCUCCACCUGUGCUUUUCCUUCCUGGUUUUGGGGUUGGUUCGUUCCAUUAUGCGAAACAACUAAAAGAUUUGGGAUGUGAUUACAGGGUAUGGGCCAUAGAUUUUCUUGGGCAGGGCAUGUCAUUACCAGUUGAAGAUCCCACUUCACAUUCUAAGGAAGGAAAUGAAUCAGAUGGGAAAGAUUCUUCUUGGGGUUUUGGAGAGGAGACUGAACCAUGGGCAUCUGAGCUUGUUUACUCUAUUGAUUUGUGGCAGGAUCAAGUUCGGUAUUUCAUCGAACAGGUCAUUGGUGAACCAGUCUACAUUGUGGGCAAUUCACUUGGAGGGUUUGUGGCAUUAUACUUUGCAGCAUGUAAUCCUGAAUUAGUAAAGGGCGUCACAUUGCUAAAUGCAACACCGUUCUGGGGAUUUUUUCCUAAUCCCACUAGAUCACCAAGGUUAGCAAAAAUGUUUCCUUGGAGUGGAAAGUUUCCAUUACCAGAAAGUGUGAGAAAACUCACAAAAUUCGUUUGGCAGAAAAUAAGCGACCCUGAAAGUAUAGGUGACAUCCUUAGGCAAGUUUAUGCAGAUCACACGACAAAUGUCGAUGAUGUAUUUUGUCGAAUCGUGGAAACAACACAGCAUCCAGCUGCAGCUGCAUCGUUUGCAUCAAUCAUGUUUGCCCCUCAAGGGAAACUAUCAUUUUGGGAAGCUUUAUCAAGAUGCCAUAUGAAUUCAGUGCCAGUUUGUCUAAUAUAUGGAAAAGAAGACCCUUGGGUGAAACCUGUUUGGGGGCUUGAGGUGAAAAAGCGAGUGCCUGAGGCUCCAUAUUACGAAAUUAGCCCCGCAGGCCAUUGUCCACAUGAUGAAGUUCCUGAGGUUGUGAACUUUCUACUACGUGGGUGGAUAAAAAACUUAGAGACAGAAGGUUUAGUGGAAUUGCCACUAGUGGAGGAAUCAAACAUCAUUGGAGAGGACAACGUUGUUAAGGAUUUGGAGUUUUUAAGAGAAGGAUCAAAGAAAUCUGUGUCUGUCCAAUUGUAUGGACCCCCUUCUUCAGUUUUGGAUCGGAUAUCCUCUUUAUUAAAACUGUAGGAGUCAGAGCUUAACAAUUAAGCCUCAUAGUCUAAUUAUUCUUAAGGAUCUGUUUUUUCUCUUUUUUCUUUUGGCUGCUUGUUUUAUGCUUGCCUUGCGUUGUAAAAAUGUUAUGCAAAAAAAGAAGGAAAAAGAAAACAGAAAAAGAAGGGAUAGAGUUGGAAAUGUAUUGUUUUUAGAAAACAGGCCGUAGUUGUUCACUCUUUCA